AUGGGCGACCUACACAACACGCCCAUAGUCAUCGACAAUGGCAGCGGGACCAUAAGAGCGGGUUAUGCUGGUGAAGACGCGCCUCGCUGCUUUUUCCCUUCGUACGUCGGACGACCGAAACACCUUCGAGUCCUUGCGGGCGGACUCGAAGGCGACCUCUUCAUCGGCAACAGAGCACAAGAACUACGCGGUCUCCUGAAGAUCAGAUAUCCCCUCGAGCAUGGCAUCGUCACCGACUGGGAUGAUAUGGAGAAGAUAUGGCAGCACAUAUACACGGAUGAGCUCAAAACACUGAGUGAAGAGCACCCGGUACUGUUGACUGAGGCACCCCUAAAUCCACGAGCGAACCGCGACACCGCUGCCCAGAUCCUUUUCGAGACAUUCAACGUACCGGCACUUUACACAUCAAUUCAGGCUGUUCUGUCCUUGUAUGCUUCUGGGCGAACGACAGGCAUUGUGCUCGAUGCUGGAGAUGGUGUUUCGCACGCUGUCCCAGUAUACGAGGGCUUCGCUAUCUCCAACAGCAUUCGCAGAAUCGAUGUGGCCGGACGAGACGUGACCGAAGAGCUGCAAAAGCAACUGCGGAAAGGAGGGAGUGUGUUCCACACCAGUGCAGAGAAGGAAAUUGUCAAGAACAUCAAGGAGAAGUGCUCAUACGUUGCACUCGAUCCUAAAAAGGAAGAGAAGGAAUGGCACACCGCAAGCAGUAGAGGCGGGGAGAGUAAAGUGGUGGACUACGUCCUUCCUGAUGGCAAGAAGCUUAAGAUCGGGGCUGAGCGAUUCCGAGCACCUGAGAUACUCUUCGAGCCGGAAUUGAUCGGACAAGAAUGGCCUGGUCUCCAUCAGAUUGUGGUGGACUCCAUCAACAGGACGGACAUGGACCUUCGCAAAGCGCUGUUUGGUAACAUUGUACUGUCUGGAGGAUCCACCAUGAUCAAGGGCUUUGGUGACAGACUGCUGCACGAGGUCCAACGACUGGCGGUCAAGGACAUGCGCAUCAAGAUCUUCGCACCUCCCGAGCGACUAUACAGCACCUGGAUCGGAGGCAGCAUCUUGGCCGGAUUGAGCACGUUCAGGAAGAUGUACGUGACGAUCGAUGAUUGGCAUGAGAAUCCCGACAUCGUCCACCAAAAGUUCGCGUAA